GCUCUCGUGUUUCGUUGGUGAUGCAUUAUCCAGUGCCUUCCCCCCCACGAGGCAUGUCUUUUCCACACUACACCACUCCUGCUUCGUCGCACCAAUUUACCGCGCCGCCGACCCUUCCCAGCUGAACAGGUUUGCCCGGCCCACCGCAGCCGCUCGGCAGCUGUGCCCCCAGCUCCUGAAGGCAGUCCCCGUCAUGACCUCCUCCUCCUCCUCCUGUGAUUUUGCCGAAAUUCGCUAAAUGGGAUUCGUGGCUGGCCCGGGGUUUCCACAGCAACUGGCCAUCCGAUUCCAUUAUUUUUCUAAUGAGGACAGCCGUACGGAUCUAACACGGUUCGUCGCUGCGCGUCUCUGAUUUUUGGGCUAAAUCUCAAGACGCUUCAAAGAAGCAGUAGCAAAGCCACUUCGGGCCUUAAAGUGCUGCUUACUCAUCAUUGGCUCUGGUCCCAGGUCUGCACAUGGGGGCGGGCAAGAGCAAGCCCAAGGAGCCGGGCCAGCGCUCCAUGAGCCUGGAUGGUACCAUAGGCACAGGCUCCGACAGCGGGCACUUCCACCACCUGGGACCCGCCCAGCAGACCCAAACACCCAACAGGAGCCCUGCUGUCGGAACAGGCAGGCGGGGGCAUCAAGGGCAGCACCAGCACGCCCCAACAAAUACUCCCGAGCUGGCUCUCUUCGGAGGAGUGGACCACACGGGAACUGUCACAUCACCUCAUAGAGGACCUCUGUCAGGAGGCGUCACUACAUUUGUGGCUUUGUAUGAUUAUGAGUCACGAACAGCAUCUGAUCUGACCUUUAGGAAAGGGGACCGGCUGCAGAUUGUCAACAACACGAAAAAGUACAGCUUCAGAGAAGGGGAUUGGUGGCUCGCUCGCUCCCUGACAACUGGAGAGAGCGGUUAUAUCCCCAGCAACUAUGUGGCUCCAUCCGACUCCAUCCAAGCAGAAGAGUGGUAUUUUGGGAAGAUCACUCGACGUGACUCGGAGAGGCUCCUUCUCAACCCUCAGAACAGACGAGGAACUUUCUUGGUGAGGGAGAGCGAGACUACUAAAGGGGCGUAUUGCCUGUCAGUGCUGGAUUAUGAUAACACCAAAGGCGCUAAUGUUAAACAUUACAAAAUCAGGAAACUGGAUAGCGGAGGUUUCUACAUCACUUCACGCACCCAGUUCACCAGCCUACAGCAGCUAGUCUUCCACUAUCGCAAGCACUCUGAUGGACUGUGCCACGCUCUAACAGAUGUUUGUCCAGUGACCAAACCUCAGACGCAGGGACUGGCUAGGGAUGCCUGGGAGAUCCCCAGAGAGUCUCUCCGCCUCGACGUCAAACUGGGACAGGGCUGCUUUGGAGAAGUCUGGAUGGGUACGUGGAACGGUACAACACGAGUAGCUAUUAAGACUCUAAAGCCCGGUACCAUGUCUCCAGAGGCCUUCCUUCAAGAAGCACAGGUCAUGAAGAAGCUGCGGCACGAAAAGCUGGUCCAGCUGUACGCCGUUGUGUCUGAGGAGCCCAUUUAUAUUGUAACCGAGUAUAUGAGCCAAGGCAGCUUACUGGACUUUCUUAAAGGGGAAGCAGGAAAGCUGCUUCGUCUGCCUCAGCUGGUAGACAUGGCCGCUCAGAUUGCAGCAGGCAUGGCCUACGUGGAGAGGAUGAACUAUGUCCACAGAGACCUGCGUGCUGCAAACAUCCUGGUAGGAGACAGCCUCGUGUGCAAGGUGGCUGACUUUGGUCUGGCAAGACUCAUUGAAGACAAUGAGUACACUGCAAGACAGGGAGCCAAGUUCCCAAUCAAAUGGACAGCACCGGAGGCAGCUCUGUAUGGUCGUUUCACCAUUAAGUCAGAUGUCUGGUCCUUUGGUGUGCUGCUCACAGAGCUGGCAACUAAAGGCAGAGUUCCCUAUCCAGGUAUGGUUAACCGAGAAGUGCUUGACCAAGUGGAGCGUGGCUACAGGAUGCCUUGUCCAGCAGAGUGCCCAAGCUCCUUGCAUGAGCUCAUGCUUUCCUGCUGGAGGAAGGAUCCAGAAGAGAGGCCUACAUUUGAGUACCUGCAGGGCUUCCUAGAGGACUACUUCACCUCCACAGAACCCCAGUAUCAGCCUGGGGAGAACCUAUAGAACCGUAUAUCGACUUGAACCUGGUGAGGAGGGAAAGGGCCUCAGCACAGAAUGAUCUGCACUAACCGACCUCAGAGGAGCUCCUGUUUAAGGAUCUGAGCCUGUGAAACUCAGUGUGAGGAACUUGAGAUUCAUCUGUGGAAGUAAAACCGAAAUAGAAACCGACAGAAGUCCCCUCAUGUGCCAUAGCGGAACUUCUACAGAAGAACCUGAAGAACCUCCUUUCUGCAAGCACUCACUGUUUACCUAAGUUCUCUUGCAGUAAAGAGGUUGAGCUGUAGAAGGCAAACUCUUGCUGGACUGACUGUGGCUCUAAUUGAAUCAAUUGACUAAACUUGCGGGUAAAUGUUUUGGAGAGAUGCGACCGAUGUGGGAGGAAUCAAAUCAGGAUCUACAGAAAGGGCAAGAGGAGAAAAGAAUAAACCUCCUGUCGAAGAGAGUAAGAGGGAGGAUAUUUCAAUCAGGCAUGAGCUGUUUAGUGAAACCUCCCUCUUUCCCUCUUUUGUUGCGUCUCUACACCAUCGUCUGGUACCUUUUCCGCCCACAGAAGAGCACUGCCCCUGUGGCUCAGGUGCCAAAGGAAAGUCUCUCUCUUGAAAUCCUUUAUCUCAUUUCUUCCCCUCUUCCUCUAUUUCUGUCUGACUUUCAGCAUUUCUCUCCAGUUUUCUCAAGUGCUGCUUCUUCAAAGUGUCUCCAAAUAACUCAGCUCUGGAACUCAACUUUGCGUCUUUAUUUUUAUGUUUACUUGGAUAGUACUUGUCCUGUGGUUUAAGGUUUUGUUUUUGUGGCAGACAAAGGUAUCUGACAACACUUUAUUUUGUGGAUUUUUCUGUGACUUUCAAUAGGCAGGCUAUUAAAAUAGCCAUAAUGGUAGUGCCAGGGUAAAUGUACUCAACAGGCAGGUUCUGUAACACUUAAAUUAGGUAACUUAAAUUAACAAUUGAGGGCUCUCUCUUGUUUAAUCAUCCUUUAAUCAUCAUCCUGUCCUUUUCUAGCUGUAUUUCUUGACAUGCAUAAUGAACAGCCUGCUGGAACCAACCUUGAUUAAAAAUGUCUUUGAUGCAGAUAGUGUCUGAAUGCUUGUUUUGAUUGACUUGAUUUAACUGGAAAGUUGCAUUGAAAUAAGCACUGUGGCACUAAAGGCCACCUUCAGUGAAUAUCUCUGAACCAUAAGUGAGGGAAAAGGUUCCAUCAUUUAUGUGAACUACUAAGAGGUUGAUGAUGCUACUACUGGUAAAUAUCCAAGUCAGGAUGGGAAAAGCCUCUUUAGGCCUGUGCCAAACAAAUCACAUUUCUUUACUGCUAUCCAUGUAUAUACUGUUUUAUUAUCAAUGGGGCUUCCUUGGGUUUUGUUGUUGUUUUUUUGUUUUGUUUUUACAUACUAUGAUUUUUCUGAAAUUAAAACUCCCCAGUAAACUCCAUGCUAGCAAGUAAAGACAAACUGCUCAACAAGACAGGUUUUCAUUUACCUCACAUGUGUCCCUAUGAAAUAUGCAACCAGGCAGCCCUAAUGAAACUGUAAAAGUCUGAUCAGGUAACCCCAAUAAAACUGUGUUUAUGACUUAAAUAUAAAAGUUGAUUUAUGAAGCCAGUUAGCAUGUUUUGUUUUUUUUUGUGCCAUUCUUCUCUUGAAAAUUGGCUGGGUUUGUAUUUAUGCUGUACUGUACAUCAACAUGUGUCUGUUUACUUCAUGUUCAGGUCAGGCCCGGAGAUCAUAUACAGACUUCUGAAACUUUUUUUCUUUUUUUACAUCUCAACCACUGCAGCCAGUUCUCACUGUCAUAUUGUACAUACUGUAGCUGUACCAUGUAUGCCACUAAAUGGCAUGGUUAUGUUGGAUGUCACACAUUUUGCAGUGAUUUGUUUCAUAAAGUAGCCAAUAGAACAGCAAGUGUAAAGUUGGAGGUUGUUGCCAACAAAAACAACAAUGCCGCUUAUCAAACUAGGAGGCAUACAGCAAUAAAAGAGAUGGUAGUCCACAUCCAUGAAUAUCAUGAAAAUAUGAUCCAGUGACAGUUAAUGAUUAUGACUAAUAUUCUGAAACCACAAUAAAAGCGAAGUUGGGUUGUGAUGUGAUGGUUUGACAUGAUAAAUGAGGUCAAAGAUGUAAAUAGUAUCUUAAACAAAUGACUGUGACUAUCAUGUAAUUUGUUUUUGUAUAGUUUCUUUCAUUGCACCUCCAUGCUGAGGUUUUUACAGUGACACGCCUGCUCCCAAAAUAUUAAUAAGAUGCUACUGUACAUGGGGCUUAAGGAAUGUUUCUUCUUUUUUAUUUUUAGCCAUGUUCUAUUUGAAGCCUCUGUUUCUGCAAAAGACAAUUCAGAAUUGGGUUUGAGAUAUAUAUGUAUAUCUUUCCAUGAACAUAUUAAUAGUAUGUUCCUCUUUUAGAAAGGGUAAAUCCCAAUUUGUUUUGACACUCUGAACUGCCUGCAAGUCAUUGGGACAAUGUCAGUGGGCCCAUGAUAAGUAUGAGUAAUGCCAAGGUUGGAUUGGAUUUUCUGUGCUAUAUUUAAUAAGUGUCUCAGUCUUUUUUUUUUUUUUCUUUUUUUUCUUUUUUUUUAUAAAUCUAUGCAGUUUCAGUCUGAAAUUCCUGCAACUUUAUGGCCAUUUUGUUCUAAAAACAAACUAUGAUCAUAAACAGAAGGUGUGAGCAUUUUGUAAGGACUUCUCUUGUCUUUCUUUCUUUUUUGUUCCAAUGUAACAAGAUUGAAAUAGGUAUUGUGCCACUUUAUGUUGAUCUUUAAAUGUGCAAUAAAUUAUAUUUCAAAUGUG